AUGGCCGCGGCGAGGCAGGCUGGGGCGGAGCUGCAGGCGCAGGCCGAGGCGGCGUGGCAGGCUGGCGGGCAGGCGGAGGCGGAGGCGAGUGGCGGCGAGGCGCUCGGCGUCGGCGCGAGUAUCCUCAUCUACGUCGAGAGCCGCGCGUGCUGGUGCGAGGCGACUGUGGACUCAGCGCUUCGAGCGCGGGACGCCGCACACCGGCUCGAGAUCCGGCAGCGCGGUGCAGCACAGAGCCUGCGGCGGUGGCUGAACCUCUCCGAGCAGCGCUGGCUGCCGGCAUCGGCGGCGCCUCCGCCAAAGCCAAUGGCCGAGAUGACUGUGCGCGAGCUCAUCUACGAGCGGAAGCAGGGCGUGCCGACUGAGGCGGCGAGGGAGCGCGCCGAGCGGCGGAAGCAAGGCUUGCCCCUCGACGCGCCGCUUGGUCAACGGCCGCAGUCUGGCGGCGGCGCAGCGGGCGGCGGCGGCGGCGAGGGGCGUGGCGGGGAGCGAGGCGGCGGCGGCGGCGGCGGCGGCGGCGGUGGCGACGACGACGACGGGCCGCCGCUCACGUUGUGGGAGGAGGAGCGGAUGCGGCGCGAGGACGAGGAGGAGGCGCUCCAUGGCCCACGGUUGGCGGGCGACGGCGACGAGGGGGGCGCGGAGGGCGCGUUUGCACCGCAGCUGCGGUUCGACGAGGAUGGCAACAUGGUGGUGGACGAGUCGUCGCUGUCGGUGACGGCGGGGCGCGCGACGCGGCUGCAGCACACGGGGCAGGUGGAGGACGCCGAGCGCCUCGGCGUCACCUCCUCCUCCUACCUCAGCCGCGCGCCGUCGACGUCCUGGUCCGCGGCCGACACGGCCGCCUUCUACGAGGCGCUGCGCGGCCGGCGGCACAGCGGUGAACCAUGGUGA